CUCCCCGCAACAUUAUUUUCCCAUGGGUGUGUCGCACAUUGACGACGCGCCGUUAGCAUAAACACUAGCGUUAGCAGCAGCGCUAGCAUGUUAAUACGUCGCCCCUUUUAACCACACACUGGAUUUACACCACGAAGAAGUGUCUGAUUCCAACAGGGAAUGAAUCAACUGAAGGAAGUAAGACAACAAAAAAAAGAAACGCUGUUUUCCCCUUACGAGAUGUCAUCUGUGUGUGGCUCCGGCAAUGGCUUCCAAGAUGAAGGUCAAGGGGCCGCAGAGAAACAGGACCUGGAGCACCCUCGACUGCUCAUCCCGGAGUUAUGUCGACUCUUCUACCAGCUGGGAUGGGUGACAGGGACGGGCGGAGGGAUCAGUAUAAGACGAGGAGAGCACAUCUUCAUCGCACCAUCCGGGGUCCAGAAGGAGAGAAUACAGCCCGAAGACCUGUUUGUGUGUGACAUGGAGGAGAGGGACAUCAGCUGCCCGCCUCCCUCCAAGAAGUUAAGGAAGAGCCAGUGCACGCCGCUCUUUAUGAAUGCCUACAUUAUGAGAGGAGCUCAGGCGGUAAUACACACCCACUCCAAGGCUGCUGUGAUGGCAACGCUGAUGUACCCUGGCAAAGAGUUCAGGAUAACCCACCAGGAGAUGAUCAAGGGGAUUCGUAAGGGCACGGGCCGUACCAACUACCAGUACGAUGAAACCCUGGUGGUGCCAAUUAUUGAAAAUACACCCGAGGAGAAGGACUUGAAAGAUCGGAUGGCUCUAGCGAUGGAGGAAUACCCAGAUACUUGCGCGGUCCUCGUGCGCCGGCAUGGAGUUUACGUCUGGGGCGAGACGUGGGAGAAAGCCAAGACCAUGUGCGAAUGCUACGACUACCUGUUCGAUAUCUCCGUCCAGAUGAAGCAGUGUGGACUGGACCCUGCCGCCCUCCCACUGGAACACAACGUUUGACUCUCUGCUGCCGCUCCUUAAAGAGACGUCUGUCGCAGAACGGGCCCGUGUGGAAUUCAAUCAGCGGGCCGAUCGUAAUCAUUUGCCUUUCACGCCGGUCUGCUUCAAAUUGGAUGACAUUUGAUGCUGCGGGCUGAUUCAGGACUGAAGGAGAUUGAACGCUCGUGAUCCAGAGGCACCUGGAGGUACGCUGCAAAGCACUGUGGGACGACUGCAGUCCAAUCAACGUCCUCAGGUUCACAUGCUUUCCUGUUCAAGCUCGACGAGUGCUAAAAUCGAGUCUUGAACGUGGUGAAGCUUUUAUUUAAAUUGUCCUGUCUUUGUUUCAAUCAAUAAAAACGGAUGGAAUGUAAA